AAAAAGAACGGUGUGGAAUGCUUUGGUGCUGAGAUGUUAAAAGUAAAAGUUGAUUGGAAGUAACAGGUAACAUUUCCUUCUCUGCUGAAGUCAGGUCGCCCUUACUCCGGUUCGGAGAUGAAUAACGCUGAAAAGUUAAUACAUAAAUCAUUGAAUAAGUUCCUGCUACCUCUAAGGUGGUGGAGUUUUACCGGAGAGAAAUUAAUAAGUCAUUGUGACCUCUCUUCCCGCACGUGACCUAGCAUACUUGGAAUGGAGAUUAACUAAACCGAGCACUAAUAACUUAAAAUCUAUUAAAACAGUCAAACGUCCCACAAUUGCACACGGUAUGGCAGGUGUAAAGACAUUAACAGACUUAGGAGAAUCAUCUCCCAGGAUUUGUUUAUUUGAAAAAGCAAAUGUAGGUAAUGUUGGCUGUAAUAGUUGGCCGUUGGUAGUACAUAUAAGUGACAUAGAAGAUGAUGGAUGGAUAGUAGUACACAGGAGCAAAAAUGGCGUACACGCAGUAUAUGAAAUGAAUGGUUGGAUAGACAGUAUUGUAUUUUGAUUGUUCUUGUGUACCACCAUAUAGAGCCCACCUACCACCAGUGGUACACCUACCACAUCUUGAGAAUUGUUUUUAGCUUAUUUGCCCUGCUGUGGCUGUGGCUCCUCCUUGGCAGAUGUCAGCGGCGCUCCCUCCAGGAAGGUACAGAAAUAUUCCGAGGUAUUGAGCCCGGGUUUUCUCAACAGGAGGUAACAUUUUGGGAAAUAGUAAGCUGCCACAAGUCCGAAGUUGCUCAUCAGAUUAAAGGAAAUCAUAACAAAAAGCUUACUCUUUUCACGCAGACCUAUGUAUAUUGGAAUGAAGGUUCCCCAAAUCACACAAUAGAUUAACGUGGAAAAGGUGAUGUCCCUGGCCAGGUUAUACUGAUGAGGAGGUUUCACCGCCAGAAAGGUGCACAUGAACGACACGAGGGCCAAUACAAAGUUGCAGCUCUGCAUCAAGCCCAGUCCAAAAGCAGGUGUGAUCGGGCAUGACAAGAAGGUUCUCAUGAAGUCGAUUUUCAUGUUUGCCACAUACUCCGACAACAAGGUGCUUUCUUGGCUGUACCAGAUGCAGAAACAUGCUUGCAAAGCCCAACAUAUGAUCAAAAACAGCCAGCAAGCAGGUCCUUUCAGUUUUUGCAGGGAAAUCGAGGCGAUAACGGAGACGGCAAACGUUUGUAAAAUGGAGAUCAGAGGCAGCUGAAGACGACACACCAAAUUCCCCGGAUGGCCCAGGAAGAGCACCACACUGAGGCAGGCUCCAAUCAGGCUGAAAAGCACCAGAAAGCUCCAGGGCCCACCAGAGGCCGCCACCAUGGGGGUCUGCCGAUGCCGUAGGAAGAUGACGGCCACUGCACCCUGACAUAGCAGCAGCAGCAGCCCGCCCAGCACCACUUCCAGUGCUUCUGGUGUGUCCCAGGACAAAACCUCAAAGAGACGCAAGAACCACUUCAUGCACACCUCCUACACGCCUUCAGGCUCCAUGGGCCCUUGCAGUGUUUGGUCUGGGGUGUCUCCUGGCUGAUUUACUUCCUGCCGAGUGACCACAACAGAACUUCCUGUGAGGGAUGACAUCGAGAUGCAGAAAGACAGCACUUCGUUCACGUAGCCCACUGUUUGCUGCAAUACACAGUACACUGGCAGCAGUGUGGCAGCCAGCUGUCCCCCAUCUGAGUGUUUUCUGGCUUUGAUGCGACCCGAGUGUGCCUGGAGCAUGUCCACAGUGGGCCUGACUGCCCAGGAGACAUAUUUUCCCGUAGAACACCCCUUCCUGCGGGGCGGGUCCUGUCGUCACAGCAUGGAUGGAUUCAAACCAUCAUGGAGCCAUCGCCAUGACCUGGAGAACUUCUACUUCAGUCUGAAAUCUGCACACACAGAUAACAGCGCUCAUGGCCAACAGAUGGGUCCGCCAACUCUAAGUUACGAGAGGCACAAACACAGUUCCAGCACACUGAAAUUACCUCCCAAGAAGCCCCGGCCUUCCCACCUUUCCCUGUCUUGUGCGGCUGAACCCUCCACCCCCAGUCCGGCCGAUGACGACCAGGUGGUCCCCUCAUUCCAAAGGCUCUCCAUGUGUAGCAGUCCGCCGCAGACCCCCGGAAGGUGCUCCAAGCCAUUGCCCCCCAUCCCUUUGCGUAGGGAUAUGUCAUCCGAGCAGGUAAUGGACAACGAGGUGGAGUUCUUUAACAGUGCGGACGAGAGCUGCUGCCUGGUGUCUCAACAGUAUUCCAAACCUUUUCGUCACGGGGCUUUCAGUCGAAGGAGCUUCAGAGACUGCGGGCAGGUCAACCAUGCUUACUACGACGGACCCUUAGCACCGCAAAGCCCGAAGCCCCAUCAGCAACAUCAACAUAAUCAUCAUCAGCAGCACCCUGCACAUCCGCCGCAACAGGAAGUGAGUCAAGAGCAGCCAACGGUUUGUCAGAGAGCACUGGACAAAAGUCAGAGGAAACUCCGGCGUUCUCUCUCAGGACCAGCCGGAUGCUUUAACAAACCCUCUCAGCUCCGCCUUGCCUGCCACAGUCGCUACGCCCACAACAUGGACAGAUCAGAGGUUCCUCCUCCCGUCCCGCCACGGACAAUUAAGACAGCAGACUCUCGCCGCUGGUCAGCGGAAGUGUCGUCCGGAGCGUACAGCGACGAAGACAGACCGCCCAAGCUGCCCCCGAGGGAGCCCAUGUCCCUGUGCAGCUCUCGCACCCCCAGCCCCAAGAGCCUCCCCAAGUACCACAAUGGCAUCUUGCCCCCGACGCAAAGCUUUGCACCGGACCCUAAAUUCGUCAGUCGGGGUUUACAGAGACAGAACAGCGAGGGCUCCCCUUGCAUCCUGCCUAUCGUGGAUAAUCAGGGGCACCAGGCCAGCCACACCCACUACUACCUUCUGCCUUAUCGGCCCACUUUUAUGGACUCCCCUUCUGUGGAAAAGCUGCUGUUGAACUUGGAAAGCCCGUCCGCUCGUGACACGAAUGUAUCGGACUCGGAGUGGGACUUCCGUACUGGAAGGAAAGCACCCGUGGAUCUAGUUUGAACCGCUGCUGUUUUACUUUGAAGCCGUUAUGUAUUGUAUAACAGCGGGGUACCAGGGUAUCCGGUUACUGCUAACGUGCUAACGGUGGGCACCAUCACUACAUGUUGAUUUUCGGCCUUCAAACUUGUGUGAAAUGUGAAAGGUGCAAGCGGGCCUUGAACCUCUCAUAUUCAGUGUUUUAGCGUAUGGAAGGGUUAGCAUGUUUAGUAUGACGUGUCGGGGCUUUUGUUUUUUGUUUUUUUUUUUAAAAGCUGCUUUUGUAUCUCAUCAGGGACACAAGGUCCACAAUGUGAUGUUUAAUCCGUCGGGUAAGGAUGGGCAUGAUCAGUGACUGGUGAUUUGGACUAAAGCAAUUGGGGUAAAAAAUGGAGCUGCUUAGCUGCAACCAGUAGAGGUGCUGGGAGUUCAGUCUAAGUAAUGUGCUCAAUAAGACCAUUAAGAACAUUCACUCAUCCCAGUAACAGGAUAAAUAAUACAUAGUUCGCUUCAAGAAAAUGUAGCUCAAUGCCCAUCCCUGAAACGGGAAGAUAUAUAGGGUCAAAUGAAGGAUUCUAACACACAUAUAUAUAUUUGUUUAUAGGGCCAUUCUGUUUAUGCAUUGGAAUGCCAAGUGCAGCUCCUUUCACACAGAUAUCCCAUCAAAUGGAUGCAUCAGAGCCACAAAACAAUAGCAAUACUAUCAAUUAGAACAUAACGGGGGCGGCACGGCGGUCGAGUGGUUUAGCGCGCAGACCUCACAGCUAGGAGACCAGGGUUCAAUUCCACCCUCGGCCAUCUCUGUGUGGAGUUUGCAUGUUCUCCCCCGUGCAUGCGUGGGUUUUCUCCGGGUACUCCGGUUUCCUCCCACAUUCCAAAAACAUGCUAGGUUAAUUAGCGACUCCAAAUUGUCCAUAGGUAUGAAUGUGAGUGUGAAUGGUUGUUUGUCUAUAUGUGCCCUGUGAUCGGCUGGCGACCAGUCCAGGGUAUAACCCGCCUCUCGCCCCAAGACAGCUGGGAUAGGCUCCAGCACCCCCGCGACCCUUGUGAGGAAAAAGCGGUAGAAAAUGAAUGAAUGAAUGAAUGAGAACAUAACGGGGUACAAGAAGCCUCUGACACUACCUCCGAAGGAAAAUUUGGCGUAUUGAAUCCGUAGCAGGAGAUCCUGCAGGCGGGAUUUGCACCCAUUUUUGUAUGUAAUGUAUUUGUCAGAAGGGGACGUUCCUGUCAACACAACAGGAUUGGCGAAGUGUUACACAGUUACACAGGUGUUGUCUCGCCUGUGUUCUGACGUACGUCUGAUGGCAGAAUAAUGACUUGGGGCGCCUUUUAGUCUUCCUGUUCUGUUGACAUUUAUAGAGAACAGUAGCCUGGAAAAGCUUUUACAAGCUGUGUGAAAGGCUCAAGAGAUACCCUGCUGUCAAAACAGGAUAUUUUUGCAACUGGGGUACGCUUUCACACAGCAUUCCACAAUAAAUUACACAAUAUUUGUGAGGUUCUGUAUGAAAUACUUAUCAGACACAACAGGCAUUCUGUGAAGUACUGUAUGAAAUACUUAUCAGACACAACAGGCAUCCACUAUUGUUGUCCUGGCUCUGUUACGGCUCUCAUACUAACCUCCGAUAGGGGAGAAUUGUUAGGGUAACUCCUGCAUUGAGAUGCGCUUUCACACAGCCACACGCCAUCUUGUAAUGAGAUACCGUAAUGUAUAAAAUCCUUGACGGACAGCGGCAAUAUUUUUUUAAGAUUCUUAAGUAUCUUGCCUUUCUGGUAUCCGCUAUUUAAACAAUCGUGGUCCUGGUUCGGAAUACAGGAAUACAGAAUGACCAAAGCUAACCUGCAAUAAAAAUGUGUAAAAGGGGCUAGGGAUCUCUUCAAAUUGAGAGCUGUAACAGAAGAUCAGGCGUUUUACACAGAACAUACAGUAAAAAAACAGGAUAUCUGCCAGACUGUGCGCUUUCACACAGCCACACGCCAUCUUGUAAUGAGCAAUAUUUUUUAACAUUCAUAAGUAUCUUGCCUUUCCGGUAUCCGCUAUUUAAACAAUUGUGGUCCUGGCUCGGAAUACAGGAAUUCUGUAUUCUCUUCAAAUUGAGAGCCAUAACAGAAGAUAUAAUAAAGAUAUAACCUAUAAUAAAAAAAACUGGAUAUCUGCCAGACUGUGCGCUUUCACACAGCUUCCCUUGUUUCUGGUACGGCUCUGAUGCUACCACACCAAAACCGGCUAAUUAUGGAGGACCGUUUAUAGAGAAAUAAAAAAGCCAGCUGCGUGAAAGGGGUUAUGUUGAGUGUGUGGUGACCGUAUUUGUUACUUAUAUGUGUGUGUGUGUAUGUGACCUGAGUGAAUGCAUUCUUACUGAAAUUUGUAAUAUUGUGGUCAAGCUGUGAAGUACUACCUCCCUCCAAUAUCCAAUCCUCUAUUUCACGUAGUCCACCUUCUCUUCUGUUCUGUCAUGUUGUGUGCAUGCAUGGUCUUAAAGCCACACAUGCAGAGAGCUGUCACACAGACUUUCCUGUUCUCAUACAUUCCUGCCUUACAUGAUUGCAGUGGGUGUGGUCUGACAGACUUUGGCUGCUGGCAGCCUAGGAAAAAAAAGAUAUAUAUAUUUUUUUGUAUUUUAUUAUUAUUAUAGUUGUUGGUCAGCCAAGAGACAUGUUGUAAAUGUAGCACACGUGUUGAAGUUCACUUUGGGCUCACUAAAGGUCAAUUGAAGUAUACUUUUUUUUGUGUUCUUUCCUGCUCUGACUUAAAAAGUCCAACAACGAUAAUGUUUACAUCAUACACUGGUACUAUUUAAUCUUAACGGUAUUGAAAUGUCUUAUUAUAGGACAAAGAAGUGAAGAUGAGUUUAAAAAAAAAAAAAAUAAUAAUAAUGAUCUCUGCUGUGGUGAAGAUAUGCACUGGGAGAGUGUAGUAUGCUGUGUACAGUAUUUAACGAUUCCAUUUGUAGUCUUUUUUUUCAAAAAAAUAAACUUUAUUUAUGAAUUUUGUGGCUGGAGUGUGUUAAAGUCAAGUCUGCUUGGACUGUUUCAACACACACACACACACACACACACACACACACACACACCCUGCUGUGUGUUAUUGUGACUGGCCUCCAUCCAGAGAGUGACUGACAAUGGUGGACUGACAGGUGCACAGCUGCCUUGUCUUUCACUUCCUGGUUCCCGCCCUUCUUCACCACUACAUGCACACAGGUUGGUGGUGUGUGUAGAUGUACACAAUAAAAGGUUGGGCACGCAGCCCAAAACCACAUUGGAAAUGGAAUAAAUCAUCAGUAAUAUAAA